GUAGACCGAUUAAAUUAAUUACCAGCAUCUCAUCCAGCAAUUUUUAGCAGAAUUUAUUGUAAAGUGUUUGGCUAAAAGCUAUCAAUACAGUUCAUAUCUUAAUUGUUUUCAGUUUCUCGGCCGAUGGUAUGUCAUGGAAAGGUAUCCGACUUGGUAUGAAGACGGUCACUGCUCCCACAAGCGAUUCGAAGCGUGCGGCAGAAGAAUCGAGAUCGACCAUGUCUUCAUUAGGGAAGGCGUACAAUUCGUAUUCCAAGUGAAUAGCAGCUAUAAUCCUGGAGAUGAAGCUGUGUUUGAAAUUCAAGAUAAUAUUAUCGAUAGAAUAGGAAUACCCAUAGAAGUGAUAGCAACGGAUUAUUCUGAACAUGCUCUACUGUAUGGCUGCAAAUAUCAGCCAAAUUACAACAUCAAGUACAUGUUGGCUUGGAUACUAUCAAGAAAUCAAACGCUACCCGAUGAAAAGAUAGAAAAUUUAAAGACUACUCUGAGGACAAUACCUUACAGCAGUCCGGUAUACAUGGAAAGAGUACGCCACGACUCAGACAUAUGCGCUCACAGUUGGACUGCCCACGUAGAUACCAUAGAAACUAAUGACAAUGGAGAAUAGACUUUGUGUUCUAUGAUAUUUGUAUCUUUUUCCACUGUGAUGUCCUAAUUAAUGACAAUGUAAAAUUAUAAACAUAGUCAUUUAAUUUAGGAAGUCUUGUUGGAAUAUGAAAUGUUUUAUAAUUAUCGUUUAUAAUUUUGAAUUUACUUUUGUUACAUUGCAUGGCCCAUUUCAGCUGAAAAACAAAAGAUUGUGUAUUUAGAAUUCAAUCAAAGUCUGAAAGAAGAUUUUCUUUAUUCAACGACUAU